GAGAGAGAGAGAGAGAGAGAGAGAGAGGGAAAGAUAUUGUUGCGUAUAUAACUCUGGCCAACCCCUGCAGCUCCCUGUCGAUCUCUUAUAUGUUCCCUCUCAAAUUUAUUUGGAGAUAUUCAAGAAGAUAGAGGAGUAAUAGGAUACAAAGUAAUUAGAUUCAGUCAAGCUCAGCUACAAGAGGAGGAGGGAUUGGAUAGAAGACACAGAAGCUCCUAAUUCAUAGGUGAUCAUCUUUGGAUUGAGCAAAGUCCAUUCGAAGAGAUCGAGGACAACAUUAGUGCAGAAGUAGCAAGAGCUUGACUUAGUAUACAGUAGAAGUUCAAGGACAUGAAUACUUUUUCUCAUGUUCCUCCAGGCUUUCGGUUCCACCCAACUGAUGAAGAACUUGUUGAUUACUAUCUUAGAAAGAAGGUAGCAUCAAUAAAAAUUGACCUAGAUGUCAUAAAAGAUGUUGAUUUGUAUAAAAUUGAGCCAUGGGAUCUCCAAGAACAAUGCAAGAUAGGUGUGGAAGAGCAAAAUGAAUGGUAUUUCUUUAGUCAUAAAGAUAAGAAAUAUCCAACUGGCACUCGAACUAAUAGAGCAACUACAGCGGGAUUUUGGAAAGCAACAGGCAGGGACAAGCCAAUCUAUUCGAAGAACAAUUUGGUCGGAAUGAGGAAGACUCUAGUCUUUUAUAAAGGCCGAGCACCAAAUGGGCAGAAGUCAGACUGGAUCAUGCACGAGUAUCGUCUUGAAACGAAUGAAAAUGCAACUCCUCAGGAAGAAGGAUGGGUGGUUUGCCGAGUGUUCAAGAAACGAGUAACUGCAGUAAGAAGACCAAGCGAGCACGAGUCACCUUGUUGGUUCGAUGAACAUGUUUCCUUCAUGCCAGAGCUCGGAUAUCACCAAAACAACCAUUUUUACCCUUGCAAGCCAGAGCUAGAGCUUCAAUACCCUAACAUGAAUAUUCCCCAUCACGACCCUUUAUUCAUCCAACUGCCUCAGUUACAGAGCCCUGGCCUUCUCCAAACUUCUUCUUCAUCAAUCGCACUUGAUCAAGAACAUAACAUUCAAAUUGAACAGGUCACAGAUUGGAGAGUUCUUGACAAAUUCGUCGCGUCUCAGCUCAGCCAAGAUAAAGAUGCAAAUUAUGCAUCUACGUCUCAUACUACUAUUUAAAUAUAAAUAUACAAAUUAUACUACUGAUCAUAGGAAUGACACAGGGAUAUGUACAUAAUAAACUGAAAUUGGUUAGAGAUCUAGCUUCCAAGCUCUGUAGUAUUUAUGAUUCAUACUAAAUAUCAGCAGAUCAUAACUGGCUAUAUAUAUGCUGCUAAUAAGGGGGAUCGAGAUUCUUCUACGUCGCAGGCUGCAACAUUGAAGAAUUAUGAACGCAUCAAUAUGGACUUUAUUGUGUAGUCCGCUUGUUUGACAGCCAUAUAGGUUUCAUGUCAACAAAAUUGAUGCUUAUAAAGAUUGAUUUCUUUCUUUGUUUCUCUUCUAUUAAUGUUUUUUUCCCAUUAUCUGUCAAAAUUAUGAUACUGUAAUUUGCA